AUGGCUCAAUCCACAUCGGACGACCGAGUCGCUGCACUGAAGCGCCAAUUCGAGGCCCAGCGCGGCAUCUGGUCCCCAGCCUGGGAAUCCGUGGCCAAGCUCAACCCGGCCUACCUAGAAGGCUACCUCAAGAUUCAAUGGGCGUCGCAGCACCGGCAACGUUUACCGCCCAAGAUUCAAGAGUUUUGUUAUAUCGCCGUCGCUUCGUCCGUGACGCACAUCCACCUGCCCGCGGUCGAGGCACACGUGGUCGCCGCAUUGAACGUGGGCGCCACGAGCGAAGAGAUCUUUGAAGUUCUAGGACUCAGUUACCUCCUGGGCGUGCACACUGUGACAUUGGGUUUCCCCAUCUUGCAAGAAUUGAUGGAGGAACUCGGCAUCGAUGCUACCGCAACGGACGAGGCGCAGCAACAAGAAAAAGAGCAAAUCAAAGCCAAAUUCAUCGCGACCAGAGGCUUUUGGCCCGAGACCUUCCAACCCUUGUUGGAUCUGGACCCGGAAUUCUUCGACCAGUACACUGACUUCUCUUCGUUUUCGUCGCGCUCCAAGGUCCUCGACCCCAAAUACCGCGAGAUCAUCAUCACGGCCAUUGAUGCCGCAACGACACAUCUCUACUCGCGAGGAACCAAGAUUCACAUGCGUAACGCGUUAAAGCUAGGCGCGACCCCCGCCGAGAUACUGGAGAUGUUGGAGAUUACGAGUUUGAUGGGAAUUGAUGCCGUUUCUAGUUCGGCGCCGUUGUUGUUGGAAAAGGCGAGGGCGCACGUCCGUGGAAAUUAG